AUGUCGAAUGCAACAAUCAGUGUGCUUGGUAGCGUCGGCCUCAUUGAGAUUAGUGGUGAUGUCUCUUCAUGGGACAUGUACUGCUUUGAUCUAGAAAUACCGACUCACCUUGAAAGGAUUGUUUUUCGUAUCAAGGACUCGGACAUCACAAAGUCACUACCAAGCCUGUCGGAUAUGAUCAAGAAUCGAUCGAUUCAAUCCACCAGUGACAAGAUCAAGAGUGAAGAUACUAACAAAGCUGAGAGACUCAUGACUGCGAGCGCAGUGGGAGAUGAUAUGAAGAUCAAGGUAGAUGAGAUAGAGCAAAUAAAAGUAGAGGUCGAGGAAGGCAAAGAACCCACUUCCAUGGAUUCCCCAGUUUACCCUUGCCGUCUACUUACUAGGCUUUAUGGAAAUCCAAACCAGGACCCGCUCGACCCAUUUCGGCCAUGGCACUAUUCAGUUCGACCUUUUUACCACUCGGAAAUAGCAGCAGAAGUGGCUAAAAAAAGGGCCCUCUAUCAGCAGAUCCGUGAUGAAAUGUACGAUGAACAUCAGAUUUUUUCCAAGGCACUGUUGUGA